CCACCACCACCCUCUCUCUCUCUCUCUACACCCCACAAUGCCCCGCCUCCUCCUCCUCCUCCUCUCCCUCCUCUCUUUCCUCCUCCCCCAUGCCUCAUCCCUGGACUACUGUGUAGCUGACACCUCUCUACCCCAGACGUUUUCAGGUUUCCCCUGCAAAAACCCCUCAAAUUUAACAGCAGAUGACUUCUCCUACUCAGGCUUGGCCAAUCCAGGGAACACAUCUAACACCAUAAAAGCAACAGUGACCCCGGCAUUUUUGACUGAAUUUCCGGCCCUCAAUGGCCUUGGCCUCGCCGUCGGUCGCGUGGACGUGGCGCCUGGCGGUGUGAUUCCACUGCACACUCAUCCUGAUGCGAAUGAGGCUCUGGUUUUGAUUCAGGGGACUUUGAUUGUUGGGUUUGUUGAUACCUCGAAUAAGGCGUAUAUCAAGAGUUUGAAAACGGGGGAUGUCUUUGUGUUUCCUCAGGGGCUGCUGCAUUUUCAGGUAAAUUCAGGAACAACUCCUGCCUUCGCUAUUAUUACUUUAAAUAGCGCAGCUCCUGGAGCACAACUAACAUCCUUCUCUCUCUUCUCAAGUGACUUCUCCUCUAAACUCAUUGAGACCACGACCUUCUUGUCUGAAGCUGAGGUCAAGAGGCUCAAAACCCUUCUUGGUGGUUCCAACUAAGCCUCUCCUCUUGCAACUCACUUAUUCCUCUCUUUGAAAUAUUUAUCUUGUAGGAUGAACAUCGGCUUUGAGGUAUCUGUUGUGGUGUUUUUUUUUUGGAAAAAGAAUAUUAUAAUAAAUUAAGAAUUUUGUAUGGGAGGAUUACAUAAUCACUUA